AUGAGAUUAGGGAAUCAGAUUUCUGUGAUACUAGCACUACUAAGUGUGUGGUUUUCCGUUGUAACUGCUGCUGUACAGGAAAGUCUUCUCCAGGAAGCCCAGAAGAACUCGAAUAAAGUGAUUACUUUGACAAAUGAGAACUAUCAGAAUGUCCUGGGGGGGCCUCGUGACAGUUAUAUCCUGGCUCUAUUGACUUCGACGGCUCCUGAAGUUAACUGUGUAACCUGUAUUGAAUUAGAGUCUGAGUACAAGACAAUUGCCAAUUCAUGGUUUGCAGACCACCCAGACGGUGUCUCAGGCUCGAAAUCGUUGUACUUUGCCAAGGCUAAUAUUGAAACAACUCAAUUUAUCUUGGAUGUAUUCACUGUAUUGGGAAUAGAGCAAGUUCCUCGUCUUUUACUAUUCAGCCCUGGUGGAGAUAUUAAGGAUUUCGAGCUACUUGACAUCCCGCUAGCGAGUGGUAUGGAGCGUGUAUUCUCUAUCAUUACAGCUGUCAAAAGUCAAACUGGAAUCAAUGACUACUUUAUUCAUGAACCCAUCGAUUGGUCAUCAUUCUUUAUUACUGGUUUUACUACUUUCGCUGUCAUCUUCUUACUCAGGAAAAACCAAAAGAUAGCUGUCAGUUUUUUAACGUCAAGAAUCACUUGGGCUUUAAUUUCUGUAGCUUUCAUUAUCUUAAUGCUCGGUGGAUCUAUGUUCAAUAAAAUGAGAGGCCAACCAUUAGCAGGUCAAGGUAAAAAUGGUGAAAUAGUAUACUUCCUUGCAGGUGACUUCCAGAAUCAAUUUGCUAUUGAAACUCAAGUUAUCGUGGUUCUCUACGGUAUCUUAACAUCAGUCGUCGUCUUUUUGGUCCUUGCCGUCCCAAAAAUCAGUUCGUAUUAUUCCAACAGUGCUCGUCGUACUACCGUCGUCGCAUUAGCUGCUAUCAGUUCCACUAUUAUCCUCUACAUGUUUUUUUCUGCUCUAACUGGUAUCUUCAAAAUUAAAAGUGCCAGUUAUCCUUUCACUUUGAUGAAAUUGACAUCUUUUUUCAGUUAA